AGGUGUGCGCUGUACUGCGCCAGGGACUUUGGCUGCGCGCGCGUGUGUGUCUGUGUGUGUCUGCGCGCCUGUGUGUGUGUGUGUGUGUGUGUGUGUGCUUGUGUGUGUGUGUGCGCGCGCGCGUGCGCGCACUAAACUGAGCUUUUCCACACUCUGUGGUCCAUAGUUUCGCUGGAAACUCAUUUGGAUUCGGAGCUUAAAACUAUGCCUCCGUAUUCCAGGGCAGAAGUGGAGACAGUGGAUCAGCCAAAGGAAACGUGUUUGGGGUUCAUUUUGAGCGGAUUGUUUGCAUCUGUCAUUUCGUGCAGAAGUGCGUUUUUACACACAGGUCCAUGAGAGGAGCGCGAGCAGGGCGCAGAAAAGAUGGCAAGAGGUGGUGGAAUCAGCAGGAUCCCAUUGCAACAUCUGCCCAGUGUCACCUGACCUACUGGAAGGUGAUUUUCCUAGUGAGUGUGUGUCUGCUGGAGAUUGUGGAUGGGCAAAGACUUGCAGAGAAGAGGGAAGAAUCACACUCCACCACACUGAUGGCCCCAAAAGAGCAGAGACAACCCCCAUGGGCCGCACUUUAUGAUCCAUCCUUGGCAGAGGAAGGAGAGGAAUACAGGGCCAGAUGGCAUCGUUCUCUAGCAGACAUUUCUGUUGCUUAUCGAAAAUCCCGCAAAGAACGCAAGAACCGAAAGCGGCAGCGAGAAAAUCUCAACCAGGACUGUCACCUUGAGAAGAAACAGAUGCGUGUGCGUGACCUGGGCUUAGGCUAUGAUUCAGACGAAAUCGUGCUCUUUAAGUACUGUGUGGGGACGUGCACGAGCUCACGGAGGAACUAUGACAUGGCGCUUAAAAUUCUGACUGAGAACGGCAGCAUCUUGGGCCGUGAUGUGAGCACUCAUCCAUGCUGUAGGCCUACACGCUUUGAGGCAGUGUCUUUCAUGGACACCCGGACAAACUGGCAAACCAUCCGGUGGCUCUCAGCAGCCAACUGCAGCUGCGUGGGGUGAGAGGAGGAGAGAGAGCAGCUUGGUAAAAAUGUCAGAAAGUCAGAAAACUCCGGGAUGGACGAAGACAAGAAUUUGUCGAGGUUGUACCUCUUCUGGCACCUCAGAUGGAGAGCACAGCUGGUUGUUCCAUAAGGAGCAACAUGACAGAUGCAGAUGUUGCAGCUGUUGUGCCAUGAAUGGGGUGGAAUAGCGGCAGAGAAGAUUAAUAAAGGGGCAAGCUAUAGUGCUCUCCUGUAAGAGAGAGUGGAGAGGAUGCUCAUCUGAUGCUGCAGGGAAUCCGAACUAAUUCACAUGAAAAGCAAACUGAGAAUGCAAUAUGAAAAGCAUCAUAUAAAAAAAGAGAUAAAAACUGUUAACAGUACCAUAGAGAAUGAUCCUUGGACAAUCUCACUAGGAGCCAGGAACUUGGUAGCCAAACCUUGAAGGAGGGUCUAUACUGUGGAAGGACAAAACUGAUAAGACACCACACACACACACACACACACACACACACACACAUUAUAUUACAUGUCACCUUCCCUUCAUAAAGUAACAGCCUCUGUCAUUAAGUUCUCAAACAGCCACUUGGGUGUCUGUAGUAUUCGUUAGACAUGUGCCGAUUUUAAAUAUUCAUCGUGAUAUUAAAUAUUUAUCGUGAUAAUUGCCUAACCUUUUUAUCCUGGAACAUUACAGUGUACUACAUGUUGACCCAGUAAGAACACAUUAGAUUUUGUCCAAAGUCAGGAACCUUGGAAGACAGUUCUACCAUGCCAGUGUAUGCAACACAAUGUAUGCUAAAGCAUGUUAUAUUGCUGCGUGGUUUACACUUAGAAAAGGUACCGAGUCCAGCUUCUUGCACUCUAUAGAAGACACAUGCAGCCUCUCCUUCACCUCGGCCCAGGAUGCACAUCAGCAUAGGCUCACGUAUUGCUACAUUAGCAACUCUUUUACAAUAGGGAGCAUUUUUUUUUUAAUGAUUUUUAAAAGGUCAGUCCUGAUUCCGGUGGAUUGAUGACAUUUAUCUUCUUGAAGCACCACUAACAUACUUAUUUCCUUACCUUAUUACCUCAUUGGCUUUUUUGCAUUGUUGUAGAACAACUGCAUUUUAUUUAAUCGCAGCUUUCUUGUUAUUAUAACAGUUUGGGAUCUAAUUAUGAUAUGCAUUGUUUUUAUGUCUUGUUUAUACAAAGGUUUGAGGACUAUGACUUCAGGUUCAGGUAAAUUAUUCAGUGGGCAUUAUAUACAGAAUUUGAGUCUUACAUUUAGCUGAAGGUGAGAUGUUGAGAUAAAGCAUUACAUGGCUUGUCUAGUUUGCAUGCCUGUGGGCAAAAGUUCACUCAAAGAACUUCAGAUAGGACUUUUAUUAUGCCAGUGUGGAUAUAAAAUUCGUAAUUGGGUGAGUUUUUGUUCUUUUGACCUUUAGAUGUCUUUCCUUCACACAAUGACCAUCAGUUACUGAGAUUUUUUUUUUUAAAUCUGCUUUUUGCUUUUGCUCUUGCUGAAGUUUAAUAAUUGUUGCACAGUUUGCGUCACUUCUAUUAUUCACAGAUCUCUUAUUCAUGGUAGAAGAGGAACUUGUCCAGGAACUGUGUAGUUUUCUUUCAGGACAGUUAUGAAACUCUUUAGUUUCCAGAACCUCAGUGAAAACAUGGCACUUGAUUUGUGCUGAGGUACUUGACACAGCAUUAAAAGAAGGAAAAUAUUCAGUCAACAUCACACACAUUUAUUUAUUGGACCUUAAAUAUGCCAAACCAAAUAUAAUACCGGUCCAAUAUUUUGAAACUGGUCCAGUUGUGAUACUCAGUAUUGGAUCGGUGCAGUCGUAAAAUUGAGGGGUCAGUCAUCAACCAAUUCAUGGUGUAAAGCAUGACAGUAACAAUACAUUGCUAAAUGCAAAUCCAAUUUCAUUUCAACAGUAUCUGCUCAUUAUCAGUAUUUUAAGUUCACUGUUCAUUUCAUAUUGGAACACACACUGACAAAUAGGCAGGGUAGUACUGCUUUUCAUACAGGCCAUGCUCACUUUCUCUUCAUGUUAUUUCCAUAUUGUGGCACAUUAUUUCUGUGUAAACCAAUUGUAUUUACAUGAAGGGAAUUGGUAACUACUGGUAUGAUAAGAUGGUCUAACCAUGCAGUGCUGGAAACAGACUCAGACUUAUGACUCCGACAUAAGAAAUGCAUCCCAGAUACCCAAGCAACAUUGUCUCUAAUGUUAUAUGGCAGCAUUUUAAUACUGUUUUUAACACACGCUUGUCGAUUUGGCCUUGCUCCUAGUCACUAUGUUGUGAACUGUUCCAUGGCUUCAGUAGUGCAAUUGAAGUUUGUAAGGUGACCCAAGAGGAGUCAACAUCACUGUAGGUUUCAACUUACAGUAUGUGUCCACUUGCAUGUGCCAGAUCUGUGUGGUGCAUGAUGGUUGUGAUACAGUUCAGCCACAAAAGUUCAGCAAAGUUCAAUUUGCUUCAAAGUUCAAUAUGCAAAUGAUGUUAGCCGAACAGAUGAGGGUAGAUGUUUGAGCAGGAAAACCUUUUUUUAAUUCCAUUCUAAAGAAGAUGAAUGUAGCUUUGAAUUAAAUUGUAAUAAUACUGAACAAAGAGUGGCUUAGUUAUUAGUUAUUAUUAAUAUUAUUACUAUUACAAAAUAUAAAUUAUAUGAACCUGCUAAAGAAAUUGAGUCUGAUUUCCAUCUAUCUUUUAUUGCAAUUCGAUGCCCUUUUUAAAACAAGGAUGUUUAAAAACAGUAUUACAACAUAAAGCAUAAAUGUAUAUGAGGUCCAUGAAAAGAAAAGAAACCCAAUCAUCCAUUUCUUUGAUUUGUGUGAGCUUUUUUUUUUUUUUUGCAUGCUGAAGGUUAGAAUUUGUGUUGCUUUCUGCAUUACUCCCUCUCAUUUUAAAGGAAUGAAUUGGUCUAAAAAGAAAAUGUACACAAUUUUUCAAACUUUUUCCUUAACUGAACACAGAAAGUGAAGUCCAUUUUGAUACUUGUCAUGUUUUGGGGGAAAUCUCAUUUGCUCUGAUAAGGAAAAAUACUUUUGGUGAGUCUGGAUCCUGUGAACCUGCAAAGGACGCUGUAUUUGACAUGUUAGUUAUUUUUGGACUGUUCUGUGUACAGCUGAUUGUUGUCUUUGCGUCAGAACGGUCUGAAUGAUGGCCACCUCUUCCCCACUGGAUGCUAUGCAUCCCCUGCUUUAUUUAAGGGAAAGGUUUAUUAGACAUAACUUAUCUAUUUAUCAUUGUAUUCGUAUGUUUGUUCCCAUAAUUAUUAGAUGCUUAUAAUUUAUCAGCUGACUGUUGUUGAAUUUACUACUCAUAUGUUUCCUUAAGGAUUGUAAAUAUUAAAAAAAAAAAAAAAAAAAAAAAAACAUUAUUACUGACACAGUUAAGGAAAGGAACAAUGUGUUCUCAUCAGGUUUUAAGCACCACAAUGCAAAACAAUCAAUUUAUCCAUACAUGGAUAAAUGAUGUAAUAUAAUUUAUAUUGUAACACAUCAAAACUCAGUUCAAUAUGCAAAGCCAUUAUUAUUAUUAUUAUUAUUAUUAUUAUUAUUAAUAUUAUUCAACUGUGUCUUCAAUUUCACUGUAAAGCAUCACGUAGACUCUAUUUUUGUACAUCUCUCCUGUAAAGGAAUAAAGGUUUUGUACUAGAGAAAAUGGCUGUGUGGUUUGCUUAUAAGGGAGAAGAGCAGAAAUGAAAGGUGUUAAUUUAAUAUUACUGCAAUAUUCAAUCUGUCCAGCUAUGGAUAUAUGUCCAGGUGGUAUCCAUUUACAUAUAACACUGAUUACUUAGUGAGUAACUACAUCUUAUUUCUGACCCCCUGAAAGCACCCUUCACCUAAGGGCCUUGGGGAGGCACUUUGUGGAAAUUUGUUGUGAUGUCCCUUCUGUGUAAAGGAUCUGUACUCUGUAGCAGAUAAAAAGGAUGUGCAGAUUUCUUUUCAUUAAGAGCAAGCAACUGAAGUUAAGUGAAAGCUGCCUAUGAAGCAAGAAGCUCAUGCUGCAUUCUGCACGUCUCUGUAAACUAACACAUACACCUAGUUUUGUUCACUUACCACAUCACCAUCAGCCUCUGAUUAGCUUGUUUUUAAAAUGGCUGAUGAGAUAAGACAAUUGUUCCUCCCUUUAGGCCUUAAGCCUUGUGAGGCAUUGUGUGUGUGUGUGUGUGUGUGUGAGAACAGUCAGCAGAGCAAAGCGUAAACUGUACUAAUCACGCAGACGGAGCUGAUCAUGUGAUUAUGGUCUUUCACGGUAGUGUUACAGGCUGAGCAAACCUGUGCCCUUUACAGUAAUAUGCAGUCUUUGAGCUUUAUUUUGUUAACACCCAGUUCAUUUAGUGUGGCCUUUAUGAUUUGUUUC